AUGGGGAAGGGGGAGACGACCCCUUCCGAGGAGCUCCGCCGCGCGUUCGCCGCGGAUCGCCUGGUCGAGGCGGUUCGCGCGUUAACAGGGGUGGAGGAGGAGGGGGUUUCGUUGCAGCGCAUUCUCGCCAUUCGGGUGCUUCGCGCGGCGUAUUUCAUGCGAGGCGCGACCUUGACGGGGCGGCGGUUUUUUUGCCGCCUUUUUGAACCCCCCGAUGCCGUGCGUGGGUGGCUGCGAGAGGCCGCCGUGAGGUGUGGGGGCCCCCGGGAGAGCCUGGACUUCGCUCAUGCGCUGCAACGCGUGCGGGAGGGUUUUUUAUCCUGCAAGGAUCCCACCUCGGGGGAGAGGCGACCCGUGGAGGGUUCGCCACGAACCCGGGUGUUGAGCUUAAAGCGGCCGCGAUCGGGGGAGGAGGCGAGGGAGGCCUCGCCAUCGGGGCGAUCCCGCGCGCGCGCAGAUGACGAAAUCCCGGAAAAGGGAGAACCCGCCGGUGGAGGGGCAUCUUGCUGCCGAACCGCCUCGGAUUUACUUCAGACUUGCGUGGGAUUCGCCACCAAGGCAUCCGACGAUGCUUCGCGUGUGGGCGUUGGGGUGGGGUUUGCCGCGCGCUCGCUGAUUUUACCCGCCCAGCUCGCGGCCGCGAUCGAGGCGGUGCAGAGCAGCCCAUCCUAG